GCAACAAAACAAAGAGCCGCAUCUUGUGAAUCUAGAAAAUUUCCCCAUAAAAAAGUGACAAACAAUGUAAUUCUUACACAAAUUCGUUAAAAAUAGUGUUUAGUGCAUGUGGAAGCAUCAAUUAUAGUUUUAGUUCAACAUGUCCUCCUCGUUCGAGCAAAACAACCCUGUAAACAUAAAUAUAAACGAUCUUGUUGGAUGCAGUGAAAUUAGCAAUGGUUAUGGUUAUAGUGAAUCUCAGCCCUCAACAAGCAAUUCCAUGGUAAAAAUGGAGAGAGAUAGUGACUCUGAAAAUGAUUCCUGUGACACAAUGGAUUUUGAUGGGAUGAAAGAUGAACCCCCUGAGGGGUUUGAUAUGAUUGAGGCUAAAGUUGAGAUGGAAGAAGGUGCUGCUCUAGAUACUAGGAAUACAACUUUAAAACAGCAUAAAUGCUUUGAUAUUUAUUGUAAUUUUACUACAACCAACAUAAUCAGGCUGAAUUAUCAUAUGGAGGAACACGGUACACAAUACCAGUGCCCAAAGUGUACAUUUUCAUCGAGAAAUAAAUACAGAUUUCAAUAUCAUCUUAACAAACAUGAAGGAGAGCAAAAAUACUAUAAGUGCCAAUUUUGUAUGUAUACAAGUUUUGAUAAAUAUCUUCUUGUAAGUCAUGAAGCUACACAGCAUUCAGAAUGUGAGACAGUAAGGAAUGUAAGUGAUACAGUGUGUUUGAAAAUAGAUGGUACAGAGAAAAAAGAUAGUGUUCAAGAAGAUGUAUCUACAUUUGGGGAAUGUUUCAAUAAAGUAGAGAAGUUUUGUAAAUAUAUGGUAGCAACUGAAACAAAAGAUUUAGAAAUUUAUAAAUGCACAAUUUUUUCAUGCAGAUUUAAAACUAAGGAUAAAUACAGAUACAAAACCCACUUAGAAGAACAUAACUCUCUAUAUAAGUGCCCAAAAUGUAACUUCCAGUCAAAAAACAAGUAUAGAUACACUUAUCACGUCCAAAAACAUUCUAGUAAAAUAUGUUAUUACAAAUGCUUAAAAUGCCCAUUCAAAACAACGGAUAAAUACAGAUUUAAGUACCACAAAAACGGGCAUAAUACGGAGCAUGUAUGCCCAGAGUGUGGUUUUAAGACUACUAAUAAAUAUAGUCUUAAAACACAUAUUAUGAGGCAUCAGAAUCUCAAAAAUAAGUGCAACAAUUUGAGUGCAUUCAGAAGACAUACAAAACAUUUUAAAAAAGAUAAUAAAAUUGAGAAAAUAAAAUGUGUCAAAAAUGAAACAAAUGAGGAUGAACCUGAUGAUAUUUUUGAAGAGUUUGUUGAUCAAGACCUUUAAUUUUAUUUUUUGUAUAGUAAAACAAUUCUUAUUAUUUACAAUUUAUUAAAUAAAAAAUAUUCACAACAACCGUAAAUCAUUUUUAACGAAUUGUAUAACAAAAUUAUCAAAAAAAAAAUUAAAAGAGGUAUUUUGUGUUACAGUAAACAAAAAUGUAAAAAUGGAAUUGGAAUGAAUUUUGAAUACAAAAAUUAAAAAACAAGAAUACUGCAAAAUACAACAUAAAACGCGUUUUGUAAAAGCACGCUGCAUAACAAAUUAAUUAAUUAAUUAACAAAAUGGUUCAAACAGGAACUUCAAGAGAUAGAAAAUUACAAAAAGUUCUAACUCCUGAAUAAUAGUUAUUAUAAUAUAAAAUCUAACAAAUUGCGAUAUUUAAACUACUUCAUUUAGCAAAGUUUAAAUUAGAUAUGGUAUUUUAUUGCGUUAAUGAUUAAUUAUAUAUACGAAAAUAGACACAUUUAAAUUACUUUGAUGACAAAGUAAAACAAGUCCUAACUUUUAAUUAUUAUAUAAGGUUUUUUCCUACAAGAGUGGGGGUGUCUAAAAACGUGCAGUCGUCUGACUUUUUAGACACUUUUGGGACUCUUUUAGGAACAAACCUAUAUUAUACAGCCAAUACAUUUCGACCCUUAAAACCCCCCUUAUAUUAUAAUCCCUGACUUUUAAAAAUAAAGACAUUUAAAUUUUGUUAAAUUUAGAAUAUAGUGUUUUUUAUUGCGUUCAUUUUUUUCAUUGUCUUGCUUUAAAAAAUAUUAUUUUGAUCAAUGUAAAUUUCCCUAAAAAAUUUAAAUUUUGACAGAAAAUGUAUGUAAAUUUAUUAGACAAUACCUAAUAAACUACAGUGCUUACUAUCCAAAAACAAUUUUUUCUACCUAUAAGCAAUAUUAUUAAGUAUGUCAAAAAGUCAUAGUACGUAGCUCACAAUAUUUAUUUACUGUUGUUUUUGCAUAGUAAAUAAACCUUAAAAAUAUAUUUGUAUGUGUAUAUAUAAAUAGACACAAAAUGGCAAUAUAAUAUUCUACAAUGACUAGCAUUACGUAAUUUAAAACGGCUGGUUUUAAAACUUAAUAAAAGUAACAGAGAAAAUUGUACCCCUGUUGCAUUAAUUAGAUAAUAACAAUAAUUAAUAAUCACGUUUUGCAGACAUCUAGCAGUCACAGUUAAAAAAUAAUAAUAAAUAAAUUAUUUCUAUUGUUAGGGACAUCAUGAUUUCGCUUUAAAGUUAUCCUUGUGUAGCACCUCUGUUUCUGAUUUUAGUUU